AUGGGUCGGGAAUACACUGUUUGCAAGGGCUGCGGAAAUUGGAUCUACACAGAUCUAAUCACGCAGGACCUCAAAUGCAAGAAGUGUGCAAAGACCUGGCCCACCAAGGGGAGGCGCCGGUUUCAGGGCCCCGUGGAGGACAAGUCGUCGGAUGAGGUGGCCCUUCUGGACUUAUUGCAGGCCCACAUUGGGGAUUUGCCAGCGGACGUCCAGACAGCGCUGCACAACAGGAACAAGGUUCCUGAUGUUCCGCCAGAAGAAGCCGCCAUAACAGCCACGAACGAGCUCAAAGGGGCAUCUACCAAGCUGCGGUCCUUAGGCCACCGCAAAAUUCGUCUCCAAGCCAAGAUUGACGAAUCGAAAGCCGCCCUCAAAGCGUUGUAUGUUGAAAUGCAAAACUUGAUGCAAGAGCUGAAAGCGGCUGAGGAAAAUAUGGAAACCCUUGCCAAGACCUUCCGGGACAAGGUACUUCAGGCGCCCGUUCAAGAAGAAGAUGAGGACUUUAAUCUGUCCGAGGUGCUUGGAAGCAUUGGCCUUUCCCUUGAUGAAGCCCAACUCCAAAAGGUGCGGGAUGCUCAGGCCCAGCACAAGCUCCAGCGAAGGCAGAAGGCUGCGGAGCAGCUGCUGGCCCAUGCCGGUUUCCCGCCUGGAUUGGGGGGGAGUCCUCCAGGUAUAGGGGGUCAGGCCAUUGCAGCCCAGUUGGAAGCCAUUGGGGUGACCCUGACCCCAGACCAAAAGAACAUGGUAAUCACUGGGCAGUGGCCCGGCCCCUCACAAACAAUCGACCUCAAGGCGGCGAUUGAGCAAGGAUGCCCCAACAUGGAAAUCGAAGACCUUGAGCUAAGACGAGAAGAACUUGAAGUGCAGCUUGAGCGCAAACGACGCAAGCUGGCUACCCAAAGCGCCUCCCCACCCACCUCUGUCAAAGAAGGGGGCAAGGAAAAAGGGGAGCGCAGAGGUUCGGAAGCCGAACAAGGUUUUGUCACUGUGUAUAAAAAGAAGUGGAAGGCGAAGGGCCAGCUUUCUUGGUCCAAAGACGUUGAGAAGGCUAGCACCCGUGUGCCCUCCGCGAGCCUUUCAGGCAAUCCCGAGUCUCAGGCUGUUUUGACCACACCAUCCAAGCCGGGGACGGAGGACGAUUUUGACCCUUUCCCCCUUUCUAGGGGGGUUUUUACAAACAAUAUCUCACCUGAGUGGAGGGAGUUCGGUCCUUCCCCGAUCAAUCUCUACAACCGGUUUUCAGCCCUGGCGGAAGACGAAAAUCCCAACGAUGAAUUCACCUCCCUCCUCCUCAAGGCCAAAGACCAGUCACUUGCUGCAUUUGAGGAGGAAUUGGUGGAACUGGUGGACAAAAUGCCGAUCCGCCAAGGGUCUCUUGAGGAAUGGGCGGCCAACCAUGCAUUGCAUCAACUGGCCACUCACAGAAACGAACCUAGUGUUUGUUUGGAGGCAAUUGCAGAUGCAAAAAGGCAGCCCAAAGACGAACCAGCAAAAUUUGAAAUCACAGUUGCCAAUGUCACAAGAUGGAGAGCUGAGAUCAAAACGUGGCUCCUAGAUAGGCGACCACAGGGGGUGUGUCUCCAGGAAACCCACCUCACAGCCAAAGAACAGCAACUUGCCAUCCAUCAGUUGGACCAGGCCGGGUACGCUGCCUGGACCCUACCGGCCCACCCAACUGAGGGGGGCAAAAACUCUGGAGGCGUCAUUAUUGCGGUUGAAAAACAUCGAAAUUUCCGAUUCCUGAGAUCCUUUGGUGUUGAAGGUAAAGGGUAUGUGGCUGUGGUAGGUAGAACCGGGAAGAGGGACAUUGUUUUUAUUUCCAUCUACCUUGAAACCAGUGUAGGCCUCACUGGAGGACACAACCCCACCAUUGUCGGUGAUCUUAUUGCCUUCAUUAAAGGCCUCACCAUUGAAUGGUUUGUAGCGGGGGAUUUCAACCUCCCACCACAAGACAUACUCGAAACCUCGAUUGAGUCCCUCCUGCGCGGGAAAGUGCUAGCUACUAACGAGCCCACCAUCAUGGGUGGCAAUGAAAUCGACUUUGCCAUAGCUAGCCACACCGUCUCAAAUGGGCUUGAAAUCAAAACUGAUUGGGACGUUCCCUUCAGGCCCUUCCGGAGACCUGUUGACGAUGAACAGGCACCGUUCCAAGGACAAUUCACCUCGGUUUAUCCCAGCCUCCUCCUAGAGCCGAGGGCGGAUGACGCCAUUACAGCUGGGUUUGCCGGUUUUACUCAGCGUGUUGAGGCGAGCCUCUAUCCCUCGGACAUCAGAGGCAGGGGUUUCGUCUGGGCUGGUGGGAAGUCCAAAUUCUGGGGUAGACUUAUGGUCUGGCACCGGCAAGGCCUCCGCAUUGGUCUAAGUCCCAAGCUUCAGCAGGUGGUCCAAUCCCACCUUUCCCAACUCCUUCUCAAUUGGGAGGAAUGCGAUGCAUUCAGGUGCCAGACAGCGGUUAACCUCAUCCAAGAGCACUUUGGAAAAGAAGGGCCCAAAGCCAAAGAGGUCAGACAAAUCAUCGAAACACAACGAAAACUUCACCUGAGGAAAGCACAUCAGGAACAAGCCAAAAAGUACGAGGCCUGGCUCCAAGGUGAUGGGAAAAACCAUCUGCGCCACCUUUACCGGGCACUCAAGACUGAGGAAAACACCACUACUCGCCCAUUUGCGAACCUUGCGGUGGAGGUUAAGCCUCACGCCAGAAGGGCAUGGUGGGCUGACAUGUGGGCCCCAAGUGGGUUGAGCGGCACUCAUGGCACCGACCCUCGCUUGGCCCUGCAGAACCAAGCGAGGAAACAAGCAGCCAACCUCUCGCCCAUUUCGGUGGAGGAAUGGAAUUCCCUCCUAAAAAAGGUCCCAAACAAAGCCCCAGGCCCAGAUGGGUGGUGCUAUGAAAUGCUCCGAGCAUUACCUCAUGAAGCCAUUCUUGAAUUGGCUAGCAUGGUGCGCCAAUGGGAAAUCGAAGCCCAGUUUCCCCAGCACUGUGAUAUCACACAGUAUGCCAUGCUCCCCAAAAAUGAAACAUCCGAACGGCCUAUUGGGUUAACCCAUGUCCUCCACAGGGUAUUUUGCAAGGCGAGAUGGCACCUUAUCACAGAGUGGGAGAACAGUUACAACCCUACCUCUCCCUGGAAUCAGGCAAAGGCAGGGAACAGUUCCCUUGACACGGCCCUUCGCCGCCUAAUCAGGGCUGAAACAAACAAAAGAGAGAAGCGUCACACCAUUACACUUCUCCUUGAUCUAACAUCCUUCUAUGAGACUGUCCCACAUUGGCAGCUCCUAGCCCAGGGUGUCCGACACUCCUUUCCCCCGCUUCUACUUGAAAGAGACACUCCUUUCCCCCGCUUCUACUUGAAAGAGCGUUAA